AUGCCACAAGCAAAAAAUCCUCAUAGGCACAAAAAGAGAAAAGACUUCCAAGCAUGGAAAGAAAAAAGCUUGAAAAAGAAAUCCAAGCGAAAGAAAGCUUUCAAGCAGAGGAAGGAUUUUAUUAAAUCCAAAAAUCCUAAGGCCUGUUAUAUGUGUGGUAGAGUUGGUCAUUUUUAUAAAGAUUGCAAAGUAAAGGAAAAGAUUAAGAACCUUGACAUAGAUAAUGACUUAAAGGAAAUAUUAUACAAGAUCUUGUUGAAUUCACAACUGGAAAAUUCAAGUUUUCAGUCAGAUGAAUCAAGGGAUUCUUCAUCAGAAGAAGAUAUUAGAGUCCUUGACAAUGCAAGUUAUAUUUCAACCAGUUCAGAUGAUGAAU